CUUCACCCUCAUCCAAUGGAUCUCGUAACUCUCUGUAUGCUGUGCUAUCUUGUGCCAGUUACUGUCGCUCAGGCAACGCUCCUGCAAAGUCCGGCACUUCAGAGUGUCUCCGUUGGAAGCACUGUGAGGAUGAACUGCCACACGAGCUGGUAUGCAAGUGUAAGUGUUCACUGGUACAAACAGAUGGUCCGAGGAAAUCUGCGUUCAGUUCACAUUGUGAGCAAAUAUUCCACUCCAACUGGAAGAUUUUCUGGAGAAGUUAAUGACAAAUCGACUGUUUAUACUCUUGUGAUUCACAACGUCCAGAGAAAUGAUUCCGGUGUAUAUUUCUGUGCUGGUAGGAAAUCGUACCCUGACCACUUCAUAUUCGGAAAUGGUUCCCACUUGCUCAUAACAGGCACUCCCAAUGUAAUUCUUUUAUCUCCACCGCUGCAAGAAAUGGUUUCCAUGGAAACUCUCCCAUUGUUGUGUUUAGUGAGCAACGUGAUCGCUAAUAACGUUCCCAUCGACUGGAAUAUAUCCACCUGGGAUGCCGAGGGUUGGACAGGUUCUGUGGCAAUGGACUCCACUGGAGUCUACAGUAUCAGGAGUCACAUCAGAGUCCCAGCAGAAGCUUGGAAAUAUGGCGCUGUCUGUACUUGCUCAGUUCAAAUCAGCUCAACUGCGAUCCCUAACAGUGAAAGUAUCUCAUAUCAGAAAGCCCUGCCUUCUUCAGAGUCGCAACAUAUCGCUUGUUCUUUAAUGUUUUAUGGGAGUACGUUGCCAUUGAUUUCCCUCGUCAUGAUAUUAAUUGUCGUUGGUGGAUGUAUCUAUGGAAAUUGCUGCUCAGCCAUACAUUUCUUUAACAAACUGGCUAUUUACUUUACAUCAGGCAACUGGAACACAGAUAAGGAAUCAGCAGAUUUUCAAACACGUGAUUCAAACCAGGAGGACCCAUUUGUGUAG